AUGGCAAUGUCAGCUGUUAAGGGUGACUUGAUCAAAGACAUUGAUGAUGUCAAAGACACAUGGCGUCUGUAUGCUAAGGUCCUCACUAAAUGGACCAUUCUGAAGAGGAUUCCUCCUUUUCCAAUAUGGAAACUUGGGCUUCUAUUAGUAGAUGCAGAGGCAUGGGGAGAUUUGGAAGAUGUUAAAAAUGACAACACGACAACGAAGAGGCUCAAGUUCACUAUUGCUGACAUCAACGAAAAUUCUAUCAAUGUUAUCUUGUAUGGAGAUUCUGCAACAAGAACAUUUAACUCUAAACCAGAUGAUCUUGAGCCUCCUAUUGUUGUGAUGGUUCGCUUUGCAAGGAUAUUAAAAGGGAAAGCUUAUGGCCACAUUACAAAUCAAUGUGAGGGCACAAAGGCUAUCUUUAACCCAGAUAUUGCUGAGGCUAGAAGUUUACGUGAAAGCCUUAAAGAGAAGCCUGAUGCAAGUCAAAGCCUCUCCCAAAUAUCAAAUUGUGUUGUCUCAACAUUGCCCAAUGAGUCCAUGCUAACAUUUCCAUGUAGGAUGACUAUUUCUCAAAUUUUUCAGCUGAAACAGAAAGGAGAGGUUGUUACAAAAGUUACGAUACAGAAGCUUGAGACUUUUUAUGGCUGGUACUAUGAUGGGUGUCCCUGUGACAAAAAGCCAUUGUAUGUCGCUGAUUCUGAUAAGCUUACAUGCCCCGGGUGCAACAAGGCCGUCUUGAUGACUGAGCCAAAGUAA